AUUAUUAGUUAAAAGUAAAAUUCACUUUGUAUAUUAAAAUGAAAUGUUUAUUUUGUUUACAAAACAGAAUACAAAAUUAGUCAAUCUUCAUGGUUUCUGACAUUUUAAUCCCAAUGGAUAUUCUUUAAUAACGCUCUACAUGAAGAUGGGAGCCCCGCAGCUAAACACUCCACUGAGUUAGCCAUGCAUCACACCAAUUCAUCAGGCGCUGCGCCACUCAAUCCAUUUUCCAAUCACAGUCAGUGGGAAGGACAGGCGACCUCUCCAUCACUUUCCAAUCCCGAGAAUGUCACCUCGGAGAGACCGAUCCUGAGCGGCCCCAUAGCUGCGAUGUUGUCAAUGACCCUGGGGAUCCUGUCUAACAUUGUGGCUUUACUCAUCCUGGCAAACGCAUAUGCCCGUCUACGCCGACGAUCCAAAGCAUUUCUCCUGUUCGCCGGCUCUCUGGUGGCCACAGACUUUGUGGGACAUGUCAUACCUGGUUCAAUAGUCAUGAGGAUGUAUCUUUCUGGAGGUGUACCCUCUGAAGAAUACAACAGGGCGGACCCAUUAUGCCAGUUUCUAGGGGGCAGCAUGGUGUUUUUCGGACUGUGUCCGCUCUUUCUUGGUUGUGCCAUGGCAGCGGAGAGGUGUUUGGGUGUGACAAAGCCGCUGCUCCAUGCUUCACUGGUUACGACCGCAAGGACUAAACUCUCUCUUUCUAUCAUCUGGUUAGCAGCUCUUUGCGUUGCCCUUCUGCCCUGCUUUCAGCUGGGUUCAUACACCUACCAGUACCCUGGAACCUGGUGUUUCAUUAAAGUGCUGGAGGAUACCGAGAAGGCAGACGUAGCUUUUGUGUUGUUGUUCUCAGGACUGGGGUUGACAUCCCUUGCUAUUGCUUUGGUCUGUAACACCAUAAGUGGACUGACUCUGGUGUUAGCGAGGAUACGAAGGAAACCCUGUAACCGUCGAUUAGCUAAAUCCCAUGAUAUUGAGAUGGUAGUACAACUUGUGGGGAUAAUGUUCACAUCUUGUGUCUGUUGGAGCCCCCUUCUGAUUGUUGGCCUAAUUACAGUGAAACAGUCGUAUGAGGGCUCUGUUGGAGUUGGAGAUGUCCUUGCCACCUAUAAGACCCUGAUGAUAAUGGGGGUGCGAAUAGCUUCCUGGAACCAGAUACUGGACCCAUGGGUUUACAUUCUUCUCCGCCGUUCCAUCCUCCAAAAGAUUUACCUCAUCACCAAACGUCAAACAGACUUUAAGGAAAGCACUUAUCGCUGCUGGGAGAUCCAUUCCUUCCCCAGCUCAGAGAAGAAUCCUGUCAGUAGAGUCUGAGUCUGAGUGUACAUCAGUAAAAAAACACAAAGCCUACUUUGUCAAAUACCAUUGAGGAUCUCAGUGGUCCCCUUUUAUUUCAGCAUGUGGUGCGCAUGUUAAGAAUGUAUUUAAGCAAAUUUGCACAAAGAUAAAUAAAGCAUGAGAUGAACAU